AUGACACCGGAGGUGCUGGAGGAACGGCUGGCUGAGGCGCGGCAGAGCUACAAGCUCAAUGUCGGGUAUGCAGGCCUUGCGCAGCUGCCGUCUGGGUUUGCGGAGCUGGUCAAGAAGCACAACCCGCACAUCCUCGAGCUGGAGCUGUCGAGCAACAACCUGACCGCCGUCCCCGACGAGCUGUCAGAGUUUGCGCACCUGCGCACCCUCCGCCUCAAGUACAACCAGCUGCGGAAGCUGCCGCCAGUCGUCGCGCAGCUGCCAGCCCUGACGGUGCUGGAGCUGGCCGGCAAUCAAAUUGGGAAGCUGGACCCGGGGAUAAUCUCAGCAAUGGUAUGUUUGAGGGAGCUGGAUCUCAGUGGCAACCAGCUGCUGGAGCUGCCGGCCGCGAUCUGCCGGCUGCCAAAGCUGGAAGCUCUGCUGGAGUCCCUGCCAGAGGAGAUUGGGGAGCUCCCAGCGUUGGUGCGGCUCAACGUGUCCACCAACGCGCUGCGCACGCUGCCCACGAGCAUGGGGCGGCUGCGAAAGAUCCAGCGCAUCGACGCGGCAAACAACAUGCUGGUACGUGUGCCGCCCUCCAUGGGGCACCUCAAGACCAUAAAGGAGCUCAACCUCAGGUACAACAACCUGGAUGAGCGGUACAAGAGCAAGAUAGAGGAGGGCCUGUCAAGGCUAUUGUCCUUUCUGCGGGAGGAGGCGGAGCGCGAGCGGCUGGAGGAGAUUGAGCGGCUCAAGCCCAUUGGGACGCAGCUGGGACCCUACACGGCCUACAGGCACGGCCACGUGACUGUGUACGACCCGGAGCACCACCAACUGGUGGUGUUUGGAGGGCGCACCGCGGAGCGCAAGCGGCUCGACGACGUGUAA